CAAAAUUUAUCACUUUGACGAGAAACCCGUUGGCAAAAACAGUGAGAAAUUUUCUUCUUCUUAUUUUUUAAUAAUAAAAUAAUAUGAAAAAUGAGAGACAUUGUUGUUGUAUCCAAAUCCAAAAAAACCUUUUUCUGAAUCAGUCGUGAACCAAAAGAGGAAGAUGGAGCUGUGGAACAGAGCCCGAAGCUUUGCGGAAGAAGCAGCGAAACGAUCCCAGGAACUGUCGUUGGGAGCUAGAGCUACCCAAUUCACCAACAUCAUAGCAGAAACCACCAAAGAAAUCGCAGCGCAAGCUUCCAAGCACUUGCCCCGACCUUAUGCCAUAAACGACGUCGAUCUCCACCGUUUUGGCAUCACCGAAGAGUUGAGGGACUUUGUCAAAGGAAUCACCAUCACUACCUUUGAGGAUUUUCCCCUUCAAGAUGAUACGGAAUUGUCUGAUGUUCCUGCAGUUUCAAAUGUUAGGCAGGACCUAACCGAGUGGCAGGAAAAACAUGCCAGUCUUGUUCUUUCUACAGUCAAGGAGAUUUCAGGAUUGAGGUAUGAACUGUGUCCACGAGUCAUGAAAGAGAGGAAGUUUUGGAGAAUAUAUUUUAUACUUGUGAAUAAUCACACUGCACCCUAUGAGAAUAAGUACAUGGAAGACAAUAAACUAAAAUCAUGUGAACAAGUAAAAGAUCACAAAGUGAUGAUGGAAUCCUUAAACACUGAAUUGAUCUCCAAUCAAGAGGUGCAAGAAGUGAAAAAGGAGGCCAAACCUUCGAAUUCAUCAACAGAGCAAGACUUGGAUGUAUUUCUUCUGGGAGAAGGAAACAGUGAUGAUGAGCCUGAUGAUGGCGAUGGGGGAUAUGAUGAUGAUUUGGAAAAACUGAUGGAUAAUUCGGAUGAUGAGAAAGGGAAAUCAUAGAUGGUGCUUGAAAUUAUUGGCUGACAUUAAAUAAGGGGUUGCAACAUGCCUGAGAAUAUACAUGAUGAAAUGAGGCUUAAUUUAUUGAUGCGACACAUACGGUGGCUGAUCUGUUCCGUGAUGCCUACAUUUAUUCUUUCAACCCUUUCCUGCCCCUUUAUUUAUGUAGUUGCUUCCCCAUGUUGAGGGAUGAAAUUCCUGCCCCUUUAUUUAUGUAGUUGCUUCCCCAUGUUGAGGGAUGAAAAAGUUGGGUUUGUGAUUAUAAAAAAGUUAAUUAUUUGGUGUCUAGUUUUGUUAGUUUUUUAUGUAAAAAAUACACAUUAAAUGUACUGAAAGGAAAAGGAAAAAUCAUUCAGAUAUUGCUUGCCCCCCGAUGUGUAUACUUAGAUCCUAUUGUAUUGCAUUGAGAAGCAGAGGGAAAUGUGUGGAUUUGAUAACGUUUAGGGAAAGGGAAUGCUUGAAAAAUCUUAUCCGAGCUAAUGUAAAUAAUUUAUGAUUUUUUUUUCUAAA